ACCAGGUCCUCGCCAUGCGCCUCUCGAAGCAGGACAGCCCCGGACCCGCCGCGCGCGCCAUGGAACCGGAUGGCCCCAGGCCCACUCCGCGCGCCUUCGAGCAGGAGGGCAGCUGGAACAUAUCGUUCGGGGGCUCGGGCUUCUUGGGGCUCUACUACGUGGGGGUGCACCAGUGCCUGAGGGAGCGCGCCCCGCAGCUGCUUAAGGGAGUCAACCGCAUCUACGGCGCGUCCUCAGGGUCACUCGCAGCCAUAGCGGUCGUCUUAGACAUGUCCGCCGGUGCGUCUGGGGCUGCGGAGCCAGGCGAACCCCCCAAUUUCACAGGAGUCGGGUCUGGUGCCACCUAG